CUAGUCUAGAGCCUAGCCCUCCUCUCGUUUCCCCGCCUACUUGGGUCCGGGGAUACUUCCGCCUGCCUGUCUUGCCUCGAUUUCCCAGAAUGCCCCGCGCCGUUUCCUUGACGACAGCGCCAAACAACCUUGGCGGAGGUUGUGCGGAUCUCGGCGGAUUCCGCAGCCCCUAAAUUGAAGCCCACUGGGGUAUUACGGACGUGAGUUGGGCCUGGCCUGUUCUAACUCUCCUCCGCCUGCGGUGGGGAAAGGCAUUGAUCAGUACUUCUUGGAUGAAUUUGACCAUGGAGACUUCAAUGUUAGGUUUCCAUAUAUGAAUAAACCAGUUCAAUCCCAUUUGGAGCAAUGUUGAAAUUCCAAGAAGCUGCUAAGUGUGGGAGUGGAUCAAUAGCCAUUUCCACUUCUCCACAGGCCUUGAUUGCAAGAAGGUAUGUGCUUCAGCAGAAACUUGGCAGCGGAAGUUUUGGAACUGUCUAUCUGGUUUCAGAUAAGAAAGCCAGACAAGAAGAGAAAUUAAAGGUACUGAAGGAAAUCUCUGUUGGAGGACUAAAUCCAAAUGAAACCGUACAGGCCAACUGGGAAGCACAGCUCCUAUCCAAGCUGGACCAUCCAGCCAUUGUCAAGUUCUAUGCAAGCUUUGUGGAGCAAGAUAAUUUCUGUAUUAUCACAGAGUACUGUGAGGGCCAUGAUCUGGACUAUAAGAUUCAAGAAUAUAAAAAAGCUGGGAAAACUUUUACAGAAAAUCAAAUAAUAGAAUGGUUUAUACAGUUAUUGCUAGGAGUUGACUAUAUGCAUGAAAGGAGGAUACUUCAUCGAGACUUGAAAUCAAAGAAUAUAUUUCUGAAAAAUAAUCUACUUAAAAUUGGGGAUUUUGGAGUUUCUCGACUGCUAAUGGGAUCCUGUGACCUGGCCACAACUCUGACUGGAACUCCCCAUUAUAUGAGUCCUGAGGCUCUUAAACACCAAGGCUACAACACAAAAUCAGACAUUUGGUCAUUGGCAUGCAUUUUAUAUGAGAUGUGUUGUAUGAAUCAUGCAUUCACUGGCUCCAGUUUCUUGUCCAUUGUUUUAAAAAUUGUUGAAGGCAACACACCUUCACUUCCUGAGAAAUAUUCAAGAGAACUUAACACCAUCAUGGAAAGCAUGUUGAACAAGAGUCCUACAUUGAGACCAUCUGCCAUAGAAAUUUUAAAAAUCCCUUACAUUGAUGAACAACUACAGCACCUGAUACAUAAAUAUUCGGAAAUGACUCUGAAAGACAAGAAUUUAGAUUGUCAGAAGGAAGCUGCUUAUAUAAUUAAUGCCAUGCAAAAAAAGAUCCACCUGCAGACUCUGCGGGCACAGUCGGAAGUGCAGAGGAUGACGCCAAGAGAAAGAAUGCGGUUGAGGAAGCUUCAGGCAGCUGAUGAGAAAGCCAGGAAGCUAAAAAAGAUUGUGGAAGAAAAGUAUGAAGAAAAUAAUAAGCGGAUGCAAGAAUUGAGAUCUCGAAACUUUCAGCAGCUGAGUAUUGAUGUACUCCGUGAGAAAAAACAUUUAAUGGGAACAGAAGAAAAGAAGGAGCGACCUCAGGAAAGACUUUCUUGUUCGCCCCAGGAGGAGGAUGAAGAGAGGAAGCCAGGAGGGGAAGAGGAAUUAGAUGAACCAGUUUCAGAGAACCUGCCAGAGACUCAGCCUAUUCCUUCCCUGGAUCUCAAUGUACUUGAAUCAAACAUAGAGGACACCAUAGUUGACCUUGGAUAUCACGAGAUCCCAGAAGACCCUCUUGUGGCUGAAGAGUAUUAUGCUGAUGUAUUUGAUUCCUGUUCUGAAGAGAGUGAAGAGCAAGAAGAAACAGUGUCCUUAGGACCAAAGGGAGAGGUCCAGGUUGAGGGAUCUGAACCUACGUACAGAACAAAUCAACAGGACAGUGACAUUGAAGCGUUGGCCCGGUGUUUGGAGGGCGUCCUGGGUUGCACCUCUCUCAACACAAGGACAGUGACCAGUGUGGCUGCAGAGAUGAUCCCAGGACCAACCAUUUUCAACAGCAUGAUGGCCAGAACCAAGGUGAAGCACAUGAGAGAUACUGGCACUUCAUGUGAAUCAGAUGAGACAGGAUGUGUGAGGAGAGGAUCUGGCAUACAAAUCCAAUUUUCUUGAGGAUUGGCAUCACAUCUUGGAGGAACUGACAUCAGCAGG